GAGGCUGCCACCUGAUAUUAUGAGACAGAAGUUGAGAAAGAUCAUUCAAGUCAGGAAUAUAUAGUCAGCCUUAGAGCUUGACUGUCAGGAAGAACUGGAACGGCAAACUUGCAACCAUUUCAUCUCAAGACCCGUGAACAGCAGCUGAACAAUUGCUGCUUCAAUGAAGUUCGCCUUGGUCUUGCUCUCAAUUGGGCCUGUUUGGUCAACUCGACUCCAGAGUCGAGGUCGGUGGCUUUGCCCGGAAGAGGCUUCGACCUGCCACUGCGAAUGCCCACGCACCGCCGGUGCCGGCGGUCUCUUCACUCAGCUUGAGGCGAAGCCGGCCCAGGUCGAGGUCGAAGAGGUGUUACCACCGCGGCCUCCACCUCCACUGCCACCCAUGCCACCAGGCAAACUACCUCCCAUGCCCAGCUACACCAAGAUGACCGAAGAUGAUUUGCCAACCCUGGGCCCUCCACCAGCCACGACCACAUUGUCAACGACCCUACCACUGCCUGCGGGUCACUUUCCAGCGAUGAUGAUGAACGGCCGCCUGGUGCCAGCUACCGAUGAAGAGGAACAUUACUAUCAAUACUUUCCAGGCCUUGGCUACUUCAAGUUCAAGAGUCCCAGCGGCCCAAGCGCCAAGAUCGUGGCGCCGAGCCUGACCAAGCGUUGGAGCACACCGAAGUUCCUGUGCACUUGCACGCAUGCUUGGAACUUCAAUGGCAUCGCGUGUUCAAAUUUUUGCUGCACUUCGGUGGGCGAUCCAGCUCGCCCGUGCACGAACUGUCAAGGCGACCUUUGGGGCACUUGCCUUCCACCAGGUCCUGGCCCUCCAGGUACUCAGCUCGUGUCCAUCAAGGAGCAGCCACGGAGCUUGAGAGGCGACAGCUGCCCCUGUGACUAAGACGGCGAAACUCGCGAAA